AUGUCUAUCGAGCCUUUGCAGACGAUACAAUCUCCAAAGUUUACUGGAUUUACUGGGCCUUCUAGACAUAUUUUUUCUGAUGAGCAAAAACUAAAGUUUGCUGAGAUUUUUGUCCAUUUAACAAAAGAAAAUGGCAAUAACUGCAACUUUCCUGUGACACAGAGCAUUCGGCAAUUUAUUCGUCAGGAAAUGAACAAAAGCAUACUACACUGUACACCUGUGACCGACCGGAAUGUGGUGAGUCUCAAAGAUAUGUUGAAGAAGGUCAUGAAAGGUUACUGUCAAUUGAGCAAUGAUCCCAGUUUUGUCUACAACUCUACUACCUGUUUCAUAGAAUAUCCAGAUUAUAAAUGGAAACUCUCCGAGGAGAGAUAUGGGCGUAGCGUCAUUUGUCAAAUUCGGAACAAGAACUGCUUAUAUCUUGAACAGCUAAAACCCUUUUUCAAAGAAUCAUUAGCGGUGGGCAACGCAGAGAAAAAGGGGUUUUUUACUGUCAACAUGCGCAAGUUGGCGUCUGAUUAUACGUCUGAACCUCAGAACACACCUCGGGAAGCCCAAGCCGAAAGAAGAUAUGUCCAUCUGUCGCCAAAUCAACAACCUCAAACACAGCACACAUCACUUCCCCUGAAGAUUGCGCAUCAACAAUCUGAACCCGAUGCACAACGCAUGGUGGAGUUUCUACCUCACUAUGCCAAUUCAUCUAGCAUGCAGCAGUUGAACAUCUCUCAACUACCAGUUUCUCCAUCACCUCUAAGUGAUUACAGAACUAUAUCACCUACAAUUGCACACCAGUCGCACCAACAGCAACAUGAAAAUUUGGACGAUUCCGUCGUACCUAGAAAAAGACAUAGACAGUCCCAGACGUUUCCCCAGAUCAUGCCAGAGAUAUCAUCAGUUUUCAUGACUCCACAGUCAUCUUUGCCAAGAGCACGGCCUUCAGAUCCCUCCAAUCGCAAUGACGAAUAUAGUAACGAGGAGAGUCGAUUUGAGGUUGACAUCCGCAAGAAAAUAGCUAAGAAAUUGGGAGAGCUUUGCAAAAGAGAUUCUUUAUCCUAUGAAAUCUUUAGCUGGAUACUGAAGCAGAAAUUAAGCUUUCUGAUUUCCAACGUAGCACCGCUAUUGGAUAACGUUGACGAUACGUUAUUGGUGAGAUUCUUGAAUGACUUAUACAUUGAAAAAUAG